GCCCCAACCUUGUUUUCUCCCUCAACCAUCCUCAAUCUCGCCCAUGCAUCAUGGUCGAAGUAGCUCUUCCUACGUCGCGACACAGGCUCGUGGGCCAACCCCUGCUAUAUGCCAUUUCUGUGUUCGCUAGUUUGGGUGUAUUCCUCUUUGGUUACGACCAAGGCGUCAUGUCUGGUAUUAUCACAGGACCUUAUUUCAAGCAAUAUUUCAAUUCACCAGGUCCGCUUCAACUUGGCACAAUGGUGGCAGUGUUGGAACUCGGAGCUUUAGCAACAUCCCUCGCGGCCGGUCGCGUGGGCGAUAUCAUAGGACGUAAAGGCACUCUUUUUGUAGGCGCUUUGGUGUUCACCCUUGGAGGUGCCAUUCAAACGCUUACCACCGGAUUUGGUGUCAUGGUUGUCGGACGAAUAGUUAGUGGGUUUGGUGUUGGCUUAUUAUCCACGAUCGUUCCUAUAUACCAGAGUGAGGUUUCCCCACCAAAUCAUAGAGGUGCACUGGCUUGCAUGGAGUUCACUGGAAACAUCGUCGGUUAUGCUACCUCUGUGUGGACCGACUAUUUCUGUUCUUUCAUCGAAUCUGACUACGCUUGGCGCAUACCACUUUUCUUGCAAUGUGUGAUUGGAGCUAUUCUUGCCGCAGGUUCCUUAGUCAUGCCAGAAAGCCCGCGAUGGUUGAUUGACACAGACAAAGAUGCUGCCGGCAUGCAAGUCAUCGUUGACCUGCAUGGUGGUGAUCCAACUGAUGUAGUUGCCCAAGCUGAGUACCAAGAGAUUAAAGACAAAGUUAUGUCAGAACGCGAAUCGGGUGAACCGCGUACAUAUGCGGUUAUGUGGAAAAAGUACAAGCGCCGUGUAUUACUCGCCAUGUCUUCGCAGGCUUUCGCUCAGCUUAAUGGUAUCAAUGUGAUCUCAUACUACGCUCCUUCUGUGUUUGAAGAGGCUGGAUGGCUUGGACGUGAUGCUCUUCUCAUGACUGGAAUCAACUCCAUCAUAUAUGUUUUGAGCACUUUACCUCCAUGGUAUUUAGUGGACCGAUGGGGUCGUCGCUUCAUCCUUCUCACUGGUGCCGUAAUUAUGGGUGUUGCUCUUGGAGCUACUGGGUGGUGGAUGUACAUAGAUGUACCGAUGACACCGAAAGCUGUUGUCAUAUGCGUCAUCAUCUUCAAUGCCGCGUUUGGCUACAGUUGGGGACCCCUCCCGUGGUUGUAUCCUCCCGAGAUUAUGCCCCUUACUUUCCGAGCUAAAGGUGUAUCGCUUUCCACUGCUACCAACUGGGCAUUCAACUUCAUUGUCGGGGAGACAACUCCUUACUUGCAAGAGGUGAUUACUUGGCGCUUGUAUCCCAUGCAUGGGUUCUACUGUGCUUGCAGUUUUGUCUUGGUAUAUUUCCUAUAUCCUGAAACCAAGGGCGUACCAUUAGAAGAAAUGGACGCUGUGUUCGGUGAAGAGGAGCGCUUGGACUAUGAGUCCGAGAGAGCAUCCCUUAUGUCUAACACGUUCCCCACUGACCAUCAUUCUAUAAACUCUGUACGGAGGCCGAAGCCCAACAAUCCUGCCGAACGGGGUUGGGUCAGCCGUCUACUUUACAGGAACGAUAGGAGCACUUAUGAGCCUAUCGCCGACGCCGAGGAAUAGGAACUCGCGAGGAUGGAUGGCGAACAUACCGAAGAAACCGAGGAGGAUCAGCAGCGGUCGUCGUCGUCUUCGCCAGUCAUUAUUGACGCUGCUGCUGCCAUCGGAAGUGAAUCUUGAUUGCGAAGUAUUUAUGCUGCUACGCUUUGGUAGCGCCACUGAGAUGUUCUGGUGACGUCGACCUUCCUCUGGUUCAAUUCCUUUGUAUCUUAACAUCUGCGACUAUUGUAGAUCACUAUCCAACGUCUCGUUCGCUCUCCAAUAUUUGUCUAACCCCACCGAUAUGUUUUUCUCCUCGUAAUAU